ACUUAGCUAAAACUAAAAGAGAAAUUGUCUUUGAUAAAAAAACUAGGAAGGACUUUUCUCAAACUAAGUUUAUUUUCCCACAAUCAUUUGCUGCUGAGUCUUGGUAUAGCAUGAAUGGCAGCACCUUGCAAAAUAUUUUAUCACCUAUUUCUUUGGAAGAAAUUGACAAAAUAGUUAAAAUUAACCAAGAAGAACUAUUGAAAAGUUGUCAAACCAUUCACCAAGUCAUUCAAGAAGAAAUUGAAAUUGGAAUUCCCCAUGGAAUAUUUUUCUGGUUGGCUAUUCUCAAGGAGAUUCAACUGCUUUAG